AUGGAGGAGUUCAAGCACCCAACGAGGACAGGACAGACCCUCUUUACCAGACAAUGGCCUUGCAAAUUCCUAACGGCUUCUCCUUUGCUCUCCUUGUCUUUCUCUAGAGCAAACCUAGUAGACCUUCAGAAGAAACUCGAGGAAUUGGAACUAGACGAGCAGCAAAAGAAGCGCCUGGAAGCUUUUCUCACCCAGAAAGCCAAGGUCGGGGAGCUGAAGGAUGACGACUUCGAGCGGAUCUCGGAACUGGGAGCCGGCAACGGCGGCGUGGUCACCAAAGUGCAGCACAAACCCUCAGGACUCAUCAUGGCACGAAAGCUAAUUCAUUUAGAAAUCAAACCAGCCAUCAGGAAUCAGAUUAUCCGCGAGCUGCAAGUGCUGCAUGAGUGUAAUUCCCCGUACAUCGUGGGUUUCUAUGGAGCCUUCUACAGCGAUGGGGAGAUUUCCAUCUGCAUGGAGCACAUGGAUGGCGGUUCUCUGGAUCAAGUGUUGAAAGAAGCCAAAAGAAUUCCUGAGGAGAUCUUAGGGAAAGUCAGUAUAGCGGUUCUGAGGGGUUUGGCAUAUCUGCGAGAGAAACACCAAAUCAUGCACAGAGAUGUGAAGCCCUCUAACAUCCUGGUUAACUCCCGAGGAGAGAUAAAGCUGUGUGAUUUCGGGGUCAGUGGGCAGCUUAUUGACUCCAUGGCCAACUCUUUUGUGGGAACUCGGUCUUACAUGUCUCCCGAGCGGUUGCAGGGCACCCAUUACUCGGUCCAGUCUGACAUCUGGAGCAUGGGUCUCUCGUUAGUGGAGCUGUCCAUUGGAAGGUACCCAAUCCCCCCGCCAGACUCCAAGGAACUGGAAGCAAUAUUUGGCCGUCCUGUGGUGGACGGAGCAGAGGGAGAGUCUCACAGCAUCUCGCCGCGGGCCAGGCCCCCAGGACGCCCCAUCAGUGGCUACGGGAUGGACAGCCGGCCCGCAAUGGCCAUCUUUGAGCUGCUGGACUAUAUAGUGAAUGAGCCACCUCCCAAGCUGCCGAAUGGAGUUUUCACACAAGACUUCCAGGAGUUUGUAAAUAAAUGCUUAAUUAAAAACCCAGCAGAACGGGCAGAUCUGAAGAUGCUGAUGAAUCACACCUUUAUCAAGCGCUCCGAAGUGGAAGAGGUGGAUUUUGCCGGCUGGCUGUGCAAAACUCUGCGAUUAAACCAGCCCAGCACUCCCACCCGCACCGCCAUGUGACCGCCGAGCUGCCCGCCUGGUGCCAGCACAUCUGCCUAUCUGUCACCAUUUCCUGCCCUUCAGUAAAUGACAGAGCCGCCCGUCUGCCUCGUCCCUGGCCCUUUCUCACCUCGUGUCCAAACGGCAACGCACCAUCGCUCGGAAAUGUCUGCCAGCUGAACCCCCACGAGUGAAAACGGGCUUCGUUUCUUUGGGUUUGGGGGUUUUCCAGGCCUCCGCUCCAGCUCCGUUCGGUCUCUUGGAGCUCCUGACACUUGGGAAACGUGGUGCUGCUUAUGUUAAUUUUUCUCUUUUUGGAAACAUGUUCACUUGGGUU